UACAUGUAUCCGUAAGUCCUCUGAAGACCAGGAUGAAAGCUGGUUCUAAUGUGCUGCUAAGCUGUAUGUUCGAUACUGGUGAAUCCGUAAUAGAUCUGAAACAUCUGACUGUGACCUGGACAUUACAGGGAGGCCACACUGUAGCAGAAUUCCAGUAUGGGGAGAUAAGUACCUGGAAAGGUGUGAGGCUGUUCAAGGAUGGAUUAAGCAAUGGAAAUGCAUCUAUCUUAAUCCGUAAACUUACCAAAGCUGAUACAGGAGACUAUAAAUGUGAAGUCGAAUACUCUGCAGAGUCAGCGCAUCAACAGAUGAACUUACAAAUUUACGAAAAAGAACUCCAGGUGAAUGUGACACCAUCCAAAGUUCAAGCUAUUAAGGGCAACAAUGCUGUGCUGAAUUGUACAUUUACAAUCGAUGGACCACAGUUUGAGCUGGAGUUUUUGGCACUACGGUGGCUUCUUGGUGAAAAGGAAGUUAUUAGAUUCAGCAACAUAGAGAUACCAAACCGCACAGGAGCAAAGCUUUCUAAUGUGAUGAAAGGUGAUGCUUCUCUGCUACUUCCUGACAUCAAAACUGAGGAUGAAGGGAAUUAUACGUGUUAUGUGCAGUACACACCAGAAACAGCAAUACAAAUGUUACAUCUGAAAGUUACAGAUCCAGAAGAAGAGACCACUAAACGCAUCAUACUAAAAGCAACAUCUCUGGCAGAUGAGGAGGCAAAUGUAGAUGAAGUAGAAACUACAGCAAUGAAAAAGAUAAUAUCUGUGACAGAAAUGAUGAGUUCUGCCACAGGAGUGAAGAUGACAUCUGUAGCCAAAACAGAGAUGAAUGCGUUAGAGGAUGCAAAGACAACUUUAAUAGUGACAGACAAUAAGCUCAUCGUCUUGCUGAAAAAAGAAGAUUAUAUCCUACUUGCAUCACUAUUUGUAAUAGUUAUUGUAGUUUCUUCUCUCAUCAUCUAUGUAUGUAUUAGAAACAGAAAGAAUUACAACAUUGCCAAAAGGCAAGAAAGACUGAGAGCAUAAAAAAUGAAUGCGACCUGUGCGAUCUACUGAUUCAAAAAUCCAUUUCUCUUAAUGUAUGUGUGUCAGCAGUAAUUUAAGUGUUACAGUCACACUAAAAGUUAUUAAUUUGCUAUGUAAUUGUAUACAGCACAACUGCCAUUUAUGCUUUUCCUCCCUUAAUAUACUUGCCCUGCUCCAAUGAGUUUCAGAGCUACUUUUCUACCCCAGUGGUCCCUUUAUCCUCCCCUCUAGCCUAAUCAUGAUGUAAUCCCU